CACUGCAGGUAACUCAACCUGUCUGAGUGUGAUCCUCCUGGUAACUGGUGACAGAAAUCUGUUCAUCCCUUUAUUGGGUAUUUUACUGAGACUGGGACUAAUCAUUGACUCUCUGCUUCUGCAGCUUGAAGCUCAGGAAAUGACCUGCAGCUCAGCAAGAGGAGUCAGAGAAAGUGUUUUGUUCUUCCAGACUCUCAAUAGCAGUUGUCCCCUCUGUUUUUUUUUCCAAUCCCUUAUUGGAAUAGGGAGAGUGGAUACCCAGAAUGUUGCUGAUCCUUUUCUCCAUCUCCCUGUGUUUUUCCCGGGUCUCUCCCGUUCAAUCUGGAUUCACUCACCCCACACCAUUUCUGGUUAUGGUGAUAAACCACAGACCUGCCCCUGGGUUAUCCUGAAUUCCUCACUCCAGAUGUUCCCUGGCCUGAAGAUUCUCCUCAAUAUCCUUCUUCAAGUUAUCCUGGGAUAUUUUACAGAGACUAAUGCAUUCAAUCGGAUUUACACAAUUGUUGCUGGAUUGAAGGAUUUUCCUGAGGUUACACACAGUGCAACAGUCAAUGGAGUUAUAAUAGCUUUUCAUGACAGUAAAACCCAACAGUGCAUCCCCAGGCAGCAGUUCAUGGCAGAUUACUUCGAUAUGAAUUACUGGGAUUAUAUCACAGAGCUAGUGAACAGACAUGGAAACAUGGCGAAGGGAACAAUGAGCACAAUAAUGAAGAGGACAAACCAGACAUCAGGAGUUCACAUUUUUCAACGGAUAGCUACUGUUGAGGUCAGUGAUGACGGCAGCAUUAAGAGAUCAAUGAGAUUUGGAUUUGAUGGAAAGGACUUUAUCAGUUUAGACCCAGACAGAAUGAGAUGGAUCGCAUCCAAUCCCAUUGCAGUGAUGACUAAGGAGAAAUGGGAUUGUGAUGAUUCCUGGAACAACUACUGGAAAAGACACCUGGAAGAAGAAUCUGUUGAAUAUUUAAAGAGAUAUCUGGAAGCUGGAAAGCAGUAUUUUGGAAGGAAAGUUCAGCCUGAAGUGUUCAUCUCCAGGAGGGAGCCCAAUGGUCAGGACAAGCCGCUCACUCUCUCCUGCCUGGUCACUGGGUUUUAUCCUGUAGACAUCGAGGUGACCUGGCUAAGGAAUGGAGAGGUCAUGUCUGAGACCCAAUCCUCGGGGGUUCGACCGAACCACGAUGGGACCCAUCAGAUCCAGAAAGAGAUUGAGAUCAAUGCUGGGGAUGAGGAUCAAUACUCCUGUCAAAUUGAACACAGCAGCCUGGCAGAGGGCAAGCUCUAUCAGUGGGAAAAUCUGAAAAGCAAUUGGCUGCAUUCCCAUCUUGGAAGUCUCAUUGCAUCAAUGGUCAUUCUAUUGGCUGUUAUUGUCGGGAUAGUCGGAAUAAUCAUCUGGAAAAGGUCACGGAGAGAUUCACCAAGUGGGACCUACAUAACAGCUCCCACUUCUGAAGUCUCUGGUGCAGCUUCUUCAUGAUUCAUCACUGUUAAACCCUGUCAGACUAAUUCCCCUCCCCUCCCCACCCUGACGUGGUUGUCUUGUGUCUCUCCUCCAUUCCUGACCUUGUGGGUUUCCUGGGCCCCACUACAGGACAUUCCUGGAGCCUCAUUGUGGAAUAACGGGAUUCUCCUGUUCCAGUAUGAACAUGGACACCAUUGUCUGUCCUUCCAUAUCACAGCAGACACACAGAAUUACAGCUCAUUGCUCACACUCAAUUCCUUCAGGACUGAGAUCAAUUUUUCUGGGAAUGUGUUUCCACAGAUUGAGCAGUGAAUCCCACAUCCACAAGUUUGGAUCCUGAUUCUUCAAGUGAGACUUUCUCAGGUCGUGUUUCCAUCCCGUCCCAGAAAUGUGUGCAGUGUCACCGUCAGAGAGAUCUUCACGGAUGGUUCCUCCCUCACACUUUCUCAUCUUCACUGUCUUCAGUGGGUCAGUGAUUGACCUGAACUGAAGCAAUGUCCUGAGGGAACUCAGAGACAGUUUUUAUAUUGAAGGAAAUUGGUUUUGUAUCUGACAUUAACAAAUUUCACAUGUUAUGUAAGCUCUGUACAUACAUAUCAGUUUUACAAAUUCUAAUUCUUAGAUAAAUAUCUAUAUAAAUGCUCUAAAUCUGAUUUAUUGUUGAUUACUAAAAUCUGUCACUACUUAUCACCAUUGUUUAACUACAAUCACCAAUAUAUGUCAUUUGUAAUCGCUAGUGGUUAUUUUUUGACUUAUUGAUAUUGAUGUUUUAUUAAUGAUUCCACAAGAACGAUUAUAUUCAUUUCCACAGCAGCAGCUUGUGGCUCUUGGAAUCAGCAGAUGUUGAGCUUCAACUCAAUGUGAACUGGGGGAGUUAAGACCA